AAGUCAGCGCCUUGUUUUGUCUUCUUUUUCUCUCAGUUUUUCUCCAACAGUUUCUCGGCGGAGAUAUCGGCUGAGCUGCAGAUUCAGAUAUAGGGAGAAAAACGAUAUUGGUCUAAUGGAUGUUGAUUGGGAUUUGCAUGCGGUGGUCAGAGGUUGCGCCGCCUUUGCAUCAACCAGCACCGGCGCUGCAUCAACUGGUUAUUUCAAGGCGGACUUGUGUCCUCAGUCUUGUUUGUCUUCGUUUGGUGGUCAAGAAAAAGCUUUUCAGGCUCAUGCUUUGUUGUCUUCGAAUCAAAUUGAAGCUAGAAGUUCCAUGGAAGAUCUCCAUGAGCUUUACAAGUCUUUCUUCCCCAAAUCUCAUCCACUUUCCCCAGAGAGCGCACCUUUAUCUUCGUUUUCUUCUAUCAGCUUGUCCAAAGAACAACAGCAACAACGGAAGCAGUCUCACGCUGGCUCUGCUACUAGAGUUAUUACUGCAGCCAGUGAAAAAGCUGCAACAGCCAAUUCCCAUAAUUCUCGAUCUAAAAGAAGAAAGAAUCAGCUAAAAAAGGUUUGCCAAGUCCCAGCAGAAGGGCUGUCUUCAGAUGUGUGGGCAUGGAGAAAAUAUGGUCAGAAACCCAUCAAAGGCUCCCCUUAUCCAAGGGGAUAUUACAGAUGUAGCACUUCAAAGGGAUGUCUGGCGAGAAAACAAGUGGAACGAAACAGAUCCAACCCGUCUAUGUUCAUAGUCACAUACACAGCUGAGCACAACCACCCUGCUCCAGCGCACCGCAAUUCACUCGCCGUAAGCACUCGUCAGAAGCCUUGGAACCCAGAAACAGUCACCGCAGGAGAUUCCGUCAAACCCGCCAGCAGCUCGUCUCUGACGACCUCCGUGGAGGAAGAGCUUGUGGUUCAAAGCAGUACAAAGGUUGAGAGCAGAGAGGAUUUGGUUGAAGACGAAAGGGAAGGGGAAGAUGAUCCCUGGAUGUCGGACACGGCGGUGAGUGAUGAUUUCUUCGAGGGUUUAGAAGGAAUCGCCGACAUGGUCACCGGAAAUUGCUUUUCUGAUCGUUUACAGCCGAGUGUUGACCUACCUUGGAUUGGUAGACAUGCAGCUACUGCCGCCGGUGGCAUUUAGAAAUGGCCCUGGAACAUUGCUUUUGAUAUGCCAUACAUUUCAAAAGGUUGAGGGAAUUGGAUUAUAACCUUUUGCUAGGAUCUGGGAUUCCGGUAACGAGUCGAGGAAAAUAGUUUCCUGUUUCUGGUAAAGUUAGCUACAGAGUUGGGAGAAGUAUUAUUUCUAGGAACCUUUUUUUUUUAGUAUUUUUCUGAUACAACUGA